GGUUAUCACCGGCGAAGGGGCUGCUUGGUAAAUCUACCGUAAUCGGCGUUGUCUUGGGAUACUCAUCCCUCAAAAUAUAUUAGCGCAAUGGCGGGAUCCUUAGCCUUCGAUGAGUAUGGCAGGCCUUUUAUUAUUAUCCGUGAUCAAGAGAGAAAAUCGAGACUAACGGGUAUUGAAGCCCACAAGUCUCAUAUCCUUGCUGCCAAGACUGUUGCUGGUGUGCUGAAAUCUUCCUUGGGACCAAAGGGAUUAGAUAAAAUGAUGGUUGGUCCAGAUGGCGAUGUCACGAUCACGAAUGAUGGCGCUACAAUCUUAAAGCAGAUGGAUGUUGACCACCAAAUAGCUAAGCUCAUGGUGCAGUUGUCACAGUCCCAGGAUGAUGAGAUCGGAGAUGGUACCACAGGAGUUGUUGUGCUUGCAGGAGCUUUACUGGAACAUGCUGAGAAACUGCUAGACAGAGGAAUCCACCCAAUCCGUAUUGCAGAUGGUUAUGAAAUGGCUGCUAAAGUUGCCUUUGAGCAUUUGGGCACAAUUAGUGAACAGUUCAAGACAGACCCAAAAAAUAAAGAACCACUUAUUCAAUUGGCCAUGACAACUCUAGGAUCAAAAAUUGUCAACAGAUGUCACAGGCAGAUGGCAGAAAUUGCUGUGGAUGCAAUUUUGGCUGUUGCUGACUUUGAUAAGAAGGAUGUCAACUUUGAGCUAAUCAAGGUUGAAGGAAAAGUUGGUGGCAAGAUGGAGGACACUAUGUUAGUGAAAGGGGUUAUUGUGGACAAGGACUUCAGCCACCCACAAAUGCCCAAGGAAGUAAAAGAUGCUAGUAUAGCAAUUCUCACCUGUCCGUUCGAGCCCCCUAAGCCAAAGACAAAGCAUGGUCUGGAAGUGAAGUCAGUUGAAGAUUAUCACAAACUCCGGGAGUAUGAAAUUAAGAAGUUCGACACCAUGGUUCAACAGGUAAAAGAUGCAGGCGCUAACCUUGUAAUCUGCCAGUGGGGAUUUGAUGAUGAAGCCAACCAUCUUCUGCUACAGAGAAAACUUCCCGCUGUGCGCUGGGUUGGUGGUCCAGAGAUUGAGCUGAUUGCCAUAGCAACAGGUGGCAGAAUAGUCCCAAGGUUUGAGGAGCUCACAAAAGAAAAACUUGGUCAUGCUGGAAUUGUACGAGAGCUAGACUUCGGUACAACAAAGGACAAGAUGUUGGUCAUAGAAAAAUGUGCUAAUUCUAAAGCAGUCACAAUCUUCAUCCGAGGUGGUAACAAAAUGAUUAUUGAAGAGGGUAAGCGAAGUAUCCAUGAUGCCCUUUGUGUUAUCCGUAAUUUGGUCAGAGAUGACAGGAUUGUGUAUGGAGGAGGAGCACCUGAAAUCUCCUGUUCACUUGCAGUGUCUGAAGCUGCCAACAAGGUGUCUACUCUUGAACAGUAUGCCAUGAGAUCAUUUGCAGAGGCAUUAGAAAGUAUUCCAUUAGCACUGGCAGAGAAUAGCGGUUCAUCACCCAUUCAUACAUUAGCAGACAUCAAAUCACGCCAACUCAAAGAGAAAAAUCCACGACUAGGAAUUGAUUGCUUAUUUAAAGAAACAAAUGAUAUGAGAGAACAGCAUGUGAUAGAGACAUUAUCAUCAAAGAGGGCACAGAUAAUGUUAGCUGUCCAGCUGACAAAAAUGAUUCUGAAGAUCGAUGAUGUACGUGGAGGAGAAAAGAUGCAAGGUUACCCUGGCAUGAUGUGAGCACUUUGAAAUUAGGAAAAUAUUUAUGAAGAAUUUCCCGGAAUGAAAGACGAUAUUAGGAGGUGUGAAGAUGGCAAUUGUCUCAGUUUUGUGGACUUGUAUGGAGCAUGAAAUGGUACCAUUUUUUCACCCCCAUGAUCUGUGAUCUGCUAUGGAUAAGACACUGCAAUAUUGUCCUGUUCAUCCUCACACAUGGACAAAAAUUUUCAAUAUUUGAACAUGUGGAUGUCUUGGAAUUUUUAAGCAUACCUGAAUAGGGUCAAUGAAACUGCUUGUGAACAAAUUUGAUGUAAUAUUGUUGGAGAAAUUUCCUGAUGCGACUGAUGGCAGUUACCCUACGCUGGACUUACAAGACAAAAGUGCUGUGUUAAAUAUUGUAACAGAUAGCUUCGCUGUUUAUGUACCUUUUAUAUAUUUAAUGUUUGAAUGAGUUCAGUAAGCAAGUGACAUAUUUUGAGUGAUUUAUAAAGAAAUCUGAUAUCAAAA